AUAGACGGAAAAUUUUUCUGGAAUCCGUACUGUCAGGGGUGUUUCCCACGCUCAGAGGAAAGUAUUCGAAAACAAAAACAAAAGGAAGGAAGAGCGAGCCAAAACAACAACGGCGAUGUCUCGCGUAUGGAGACAACACUCUUUCCCCGACGACGGCCCUGAGUUCUUCAAAGUAUUUCUCCCAUUUACUAGCUCUCACCAAAUAUCCAUACCACCUGCCUUUAUCAAGCACUUCAAUGGAACCAUCCCAAAGAAGGCCAUUCUCAUUGAUCAUACUGGAAAUUCUUGGCCUGUCGGACUGGAACAAAUUAACAGGCGCUUGUGUUUUAAGUAUGGCUGGCAACGUUUUGCAAGUGAUCAUUCUCUGGAAUUUGGUGACUUCAUAAUUUUCAAAUACACUAAAAGUUGUACGUUUAAGGUUAAGAUAUUCAGUAAAACUGGAUGCGUGAAGUAUGAAGCUAAAGCUACCGGUAAGACUAUUCCAUAUUCUGAAGAAGGUACUAUAGAAGAGAGGGUUUGUGGCAGAUUGACUCGUGCCGGCAAGCGAAAGCUUUUGGAGAUAUGCCUCGAGAAAAAUGAAGAAGCAGGUUUGCCUAAAGCUGGUCGACAAACAUCAAGAACAAUUGUUGAACAAAAAAAGAGCACUAAUGUUGCCCGAUUUGUCACUCCAAAGAAUCCGUUUUGUGUGAUGUCCAUUUCUACCCGUGAGCAAAAUUUCACUUCGCAGUUUCUUCAUAAAUCGGUGGUGGAGGCAUUUAACAUUAAGCUGAAUCAAGACAUGGUGAUUUGCAGUCCGAAUGAAGAGAAGUUCCCUGUGAAAGUCCUUUUUUGGAAAAAUGGCCGAAUCAUUAUUGGUAAAGGGUGGUCUGCUUUUGCAAGGAAGAACAAUGUUCGACCUAAAGACCAAUGUGUGUUUGAGUUUGUACUUGGAAGAGGAAAUAUAUGCAGCGAAAUGCGUGUUCAAAUUCUUCAAGGGAAGGCGAGAAUAGAGGAACUCUUUAAGCAUCGGUAUCAGUACAGGAAGAAGAAAGCAUGAUUUGCAAACCUAACAGUGCUCUCUCUCAAGGAUCUUUUUAGUCAGGUUGUAGUGUUUCAUUCUAGUGUAUUAUCUAUACGAGUUUUGUUCAUUUAUUCUUAAAAAUCAUUGCUGUUGACUCGAAAUUGGUUUCACUUCUUUUGAUCAAGAACAAAUUAGUGGGGUUUCUGGUUUUGUAUGUUGUUUAUAGUUGAAACUUCAACUAUAAACAACUAAAGAAUUCUAGCAUGGCCCUCUCCGAGACUCUAAAAGACAGCAUUGUCAUAAAAAAAGACUAGCUCAUUCCGUGCUUAA